AUGGACGGAAUUCUGGUAACUCAGGUUGGAAUGAAGGUCUCCGGUCAGCUGACUUGUUCAUCUACUAAGCUUACGGUACGGACACACUCUAGUUAAGUUGAAAGUCUUGUUUGAAGAUCGAGGACAUUUCAUCUGCCCCUCUUACGGAUACCGACGGCACCAGAUGCCUUUACACCUAUAAUGGAACCGCUCCGAUUACUGGAAAGGCAAAUAUAACUGUUCACUUGAUGGCGGUCACUGUGUUCCAUAAGACUACGAGCUCUGUCAACUAUACAGGAGUCUUCAUUCCUGACAAAACUGCACCGAACAAACUGGCAGUUCAAACUCUUGUACUGACUCAAGGUAGCUUACGAAUGUGCUCAACCUAAUGCUCACUGUGUUUCUUCAAGAGGUUUCUGCAACGACUACUGCAAAACCUCCGGAAACCACAACUACUCCAGCAAACGUAACUCCUGCCACUUCAACAGCAGGACCAUUAUCUACACCGACCCCGCCACUGCCUACCAACGCAACUUUAACGGUAUUGCUUGGUUCGAUAAGAAUGGUAAUCAGUCAGUCAUUUCAGAUUGAUUACAUCUACCUGCAAUACGAGGAAAACCCGAAAAAGGUGGUGAAAAAUAACAACGGCGGAGCAGUGGCUGUUGCCAUCAUUGAGGGCAUUGCUCUGAUUGCGAUUCUAGCCUAUUUUGGAUAUAAGACUAUGGUGGAUCACAAGAAGAAACAGGCAACAAUGACAAUGGCGGCCAUGUACGGAUAUGAAAACAACUCGAGAAGUGGGUUAACUGAUCAGCUUCAUCUCUAUGUACAUAUCGUUUUUCAGUUACUGUGCCAGACACUAUCCGUAUGUCGGAUAUUCCUCCGCCACGAGAUACGACCUACGCAACGCCUGCCAGUAUUCAACCAACUCCCACCAGAACUGUGAUGACGACUUCACCAGAAUUGGUCGUCCCAACAUCUUCUACUUCCGCCACGGUAAGUCAGGUCUAUCUACAAUAAUCAUCACAGUUUUCAGACUGUUCAACAUUCUCAAAAUGGCGGACAGUUUAACGACCCGUUCGCUAGUUUGGAGAGCUGGUAG